AUGUCGAAAGAUACCAUUGUUGUUUUUGGGGCCACCGGCAAGCAGGGUGGUUCUGUUAUUAACAGUAUCCUGAGUGACCCCACGGCAGCCGGCCGAUUCCAUGUCAAGGCUGUUACCCGUGAUGUUGCGAAGGAUAAGGCAAAAGCAUUGGCCGCAAAGGGGGUUGAGGUGGUUACGGGGAACCUGAACGACAAAGAGUCCUUGCGGCCACUUAUCAAGGGAGCCUAUGGUGUUUUUGCAGUCACCAACUUCUGGGAAAUUUUCAGUGCGGAAGUAGAAGUUCAGCAGGGAAAGAAUAUUGCAGAUGUUUGCAAGGAUGAAGGCGUUCAACACCUUGUCUGGAGUAGUCUUCUCAACAUCAACGAACUUACCAAUGGCGUGCUUUCCAAAGUCUACCACUUCGACGGCAAGGCCGAGGUCGAGGAGUAUAUCCGAUCCAUUGGCAUUCCGGCCACUUUCUUUCUCGCUGGUUUCUACAUGUCCAAUGUUCCGGGAGUGAGCUUCCGCCAGCUGCCGGAUGGUAAACAUGCCCUGUCCAUGCCUAUCCCUGAUGACGCUCCUGUUCCUCUCUUCGCUGCUGAGUUUGAUACGGGCAAGUUUGUCAAGGCGAUUUUCCUCAAGCGGGACACUACUCUGGGCAAGCGUAUCUACGGGGCGACCAAGUAUUCCACUCCAGCUGAGAUGGUCAGCACUUUCCAAAAGGUGUUCCCCGAGGCUGGCAAGGAUGCCAGAUUCAAUCAACUGUCUCAUGAGGCGUUCAAGGGUAUUAUGGCUUCCACUGGAGCCCCUGAAAUUAUUCAAGAGGAAAUGCUGCAGAAUAUGCGCCUUAUGCCGGAAUUUGGUUACUAUGGCGGGGACGCUUUGGAGCCUAGUAUUUCGAUCCUCAACGAGCCCUUGACUACUUGGGAGGAGUAUAUCAAGCAAGCUACCGCUUUCACUUCGCUGAAGUAA